UCCAGAUAGACCGAACAGGGCAGGUUGUCCCCUUUGCAACUCAACACAAAAAGAGCUGAGGAAGCCAGGAAAAAGGAACAUCUUUGAUCGGGAGCCCAUCAGCCCCUGCCUUGGGCACCAUGGAGCUUAUCAAUGCCUUGGCCCCCUCAGCUUUGUUGAAGUCGGUCUCCAGUGCAGGCUCAGAAAUCUCCCGGCGGGUCUGGACAUCAAGCCCUCCGCCCCAACGGCCGUUCCGAGUGUGCAACCACAACCGUAAUGUCCGCAAGGGCCUCAUGGCAGGCACGUUGGAAGAGUUACUCAACAAGGCAAAAGAGACUCUCUUACUAUCCGGCAUGGUCUUCUUGGUGCUGGAAGAAGACGGCACCCUGGUUGAGACGGAGGAAUUCUUCCAAGUCCUGGAUGACAACACCGCCUUGAUGGUGCUAGAGAAAGGGCAGAAAUGGAGCCACAGCAGGAGCUCCAGUCAGUCGUACAGCCUGAUCCGGCACAAGCCUCAAAACAGCCGGGAUAUCGCCCGCAUCACGUUUGACGUCUACAAGCUCAACCCGCGCGACCUUUUCGGCAGCCUGAACAUCUCGGCCACCUUCUACGGUCUCUAUUCGAUGAGCUGCGACUUCAAGUGCCUGGGGCCCAAGAAGGUGUUGCGGGAGAUCCUGCGAGUGGCUUCUGCUGUCAUGCAAGGGUUCGGACACAUUCUUUUGGGGGCCUCCCACUACAUCCGCCGGCUCCUGGAAGGGGGUGAAAGCUGGCACCCGCAAAUCAAGAUCACCAACUGUCACCAUUGAUGCCUUCCUCCCAGAGAAACUCCAGAGAACCUUCCCGCUUCAAACUGGCCUUAGGAGAAACCCCUUGAUUUGGGACUGAUUUAAAGGGUAUUUAAACAGAGAGUGGAGAUCCUGACCUGCAGCCUUUCCCCCCUUCUCAGAGAUCAAGGGAGGAGCCCAAGGGCUUGAUCCAGGGUGGCAAACAGGGAAUUGCUUAGCCAGUUUAACAGACGACUAAUGCAGCACGCGAGUUCUUCAGACUAUCCAAGGAAAAAACUGCUUUUCACCUUCUCCAGCCUCACAUCCUGCAAAGGGGUAGGGCUGCAAGGGCCAUCAUCCCUGGCAGCACAGUCACUAUAAACCACCUUUGGAGGGAACCAAGCUUGACAAACCUACCUGGCAGUGCAGGCCUUCCCGCUGUUACUGCCCACAAUUUUUAAUCAGCAGAUUGAAGCCUUAAUCUAUGCUUGCAAAGAUUAAGGGCCUUAGAGCCUCCAGCUCAGUGACCACUCUACCUGCAUUUCACUGGGAAAGCAGAAGUAUCACAGGCUACGGACUGUGGCUUUUACUCCUGCUGUUCAAUAUUUGGUCCUCAGACGAUGGCUUCCCAUUCAAGCCAAAAGAAAGGGUGCUGCGUCUCCUCUCCCCCAGCCUUCCACCAUUGAAUAAAACAGCUCAGCCUGGUCCCCGCAGCUCCCUUUCCCUUAACUUAACGGCAGACGCUUGAGAAUGUGCAUUACCAUCUCAAGGCUGCAGGAAGCUGACAGCCCUCCGGGCAAACAGCAGGGGCAACAGAAGCUGGAAAGACCCAGCCAAUGGGCCUGUCCUAAAAGCAAGAAAUGACAGCACGUGCAAAGGAAUCGCUGCCUUUAAUACCUGCAAAAAUAUAAAUAAAUAUCCAUUUGAGAAUAGGGUGAAGAAAGGGGUGCCCAGAGCAAUCUCAAAAAUGCACCAUCUCCCUUCUUUCCACAGCUCCCAUCAUGAGCUGGCUGAGAGUUAUAGGAAUUAUUGGCCUGAGGGUGAAGGAGGGUUCCUGAAGGCUCUCCUGUGCAGACUUUGGCAGGAUGUGGAACACAAAGCCCUCUU